AUGCCGGGAGGAUACGAGGGAGGCGGUGAUGUCGAGAGCGCCCAGGAGCGGCUGUUGACGACAGGGCAACAGGCACAGGGGAGACGGAGAGGGAGGAGGAUAGCAGAGGAAGCAGUUACGGCUAGGACUGGCUUGCCGCGAGCGAGCGAGUGUCAGAGUACAGCGGCAGACAAGAAGCCCGUCGACGAAGGCAAGGAUACGUCCCGUCUCGGUGUACCUGGGCCUUCGAAUAGGAGAACACCUCAUGCCGUGAACAGCCAGCAGAAAACACCCGCUGGCGGGACGACGAUUCGUCGUGUCAUUGCCAACUGUGGCUUGGGAGGCCUGGCGAGAGUGCGGGAGGCGUCAAAAGAGCCCUACAGCAAUGGAGAACGGCAGGAUGGGGCAAAGGUCCCAUCUGCGUUCAGCAACGGGAGUCGGCGCCGGCGAGUCGAUGGGGUGCCGUCACUUGUAACCUUAACCGCAAGGUAUCGUCGCUCCCGGGUCGACGAUCUGUCCCAUGAUCGUCCACCGACGGAACAUUAUAGCGGGCAGCGACAGCGAAUGGAGCGGAGAAGGAGGGCGCCAGCGCGUCAUCAGUGGGAGGCAGCAUACCUCACCAGACUUCAAUCCGCGGAAUCCACGCUCGGGAGCGUCGCGCUCGAUGACGACAACUCCUCGAGCACCGGUGCUGGCGAGACGGCGUGGAGAAUACAGUUCAAUCCAGGCGUUGCAUGCUGGCAGGGGGAGAAGUCGCCCAAAGCAUAUCGUGCCCGGCCUUCGGUGACAAGGCUGGGUAUCAGUGAGAGACCGCUCCGCAAAGGUAACGGGACUUACAGCAUGAGAGAGAAUGGGAAACGGCGUGCAGGCCAUUUCCGCACGUCUUCACUUAAUGUCGAUGACAGCGCACAAGUGACCGUAGCGAGCACGGGGGGACGCGAGAGGAAAAAGUGUUCAGACAGUGCUCGCCGCACCCGGAAGGAAAUACAGCGAUAUUGA